AUGGCGAAGCCUCUGGAGGAGUCCGAAGUCGGCAUCUCCUGCUACGUCUCGCCUCUCCCCGGCUUCCGCGGCAUCCUGAAGCACAGGUCAGUCGUCCUCUUGGUUCUUGCUUCAGCUGCGUUGCCAACUCCCUCCCCAUUACUCUUCUCUCACCUUACAUUCGACUCAAUACACCUCGCUUCAGCUGCAUUGGUUUUAUUGCUUUCUUUUGUGGAUAACUAGGUACGCGGAUUUCAUCGUGAACGAAGUGGACUGCGAUGGGAACGUUAUUCGCCUCACCUCUUUCGAUGUUCCGGAAGAGGUAGGGAUCGGGUUUCAGUUUGAAUUUCCGUCUUUUGCUCUUGUCGUCAGUUUUUUUUUUUUUCCAAUAUUUUGGUGUUCGGGUCUUCUGACAGGGUGUAGAAGCGGUGGAGGAGGAGGAACAGCAUCCCGAUGAUUCGGAUUACGGCGACAAGAUUCAGAUGUUCCGGUCAAUUACAGGAGAGGAGGAUGCUGAAUUGCUCAGGGGACUUCUAGCGCGCAUUAGCUCUGGCGAAGCCCAUGACGAUGCUUUCAUUGUUCUUUCUCCAGACGCGGACAAGGUUCAUCGAACGGUCGGUUCUGUGUUCAUCCUCUAUUACGUUGCAGUACUCACUUUUUCCGCUGAACGAUGACAUUUAGACGGGGCCCCAAUCUUUCGCGCAGGAAGUACAUAACUUCUUCAAGAAGAACAUGAGGUCCCUGAUCACUGAUGUCGUUGAAGUGACUCCGGGGGACGCGAAAUGUGUGCGGGUUAGGUUCUCUGGUGGAGGAAGAGGAGACAUGGGAAGAAGUGGUAAGAAAAGGAAAGCCAUGGACGAUAAGUGUUCAAAAGAGGAUAAACGCUUCGACAGCAGGGGAUCAAAAGGUUGGCCAGAGCAUCUGGGAAAGUUUCUUCGGUAAGACAGUGAGAAAUACUUGUACGUAUCAAGAGUUAGUAGUAUUUUAGCUUUUAUAACGUGUAUAAAUAAAUAAUUUUUGUAACCUACAGUUGAUAAAAUUCGUUAUUAAAUCUUGAGCUUAACCUAAGGUAUUUACAGAUGGGAUAUUUAAAAUUUUCUAAUGUCUAUGAUCUCACAGAGAAAGAGAGAAUAUGCUAUGUUGAGUAUUUUUCAAACAUUUGCAAUUAGCAACCGUGGUACCAAGCUUCUUUAUGAAGAGAUUAUUCAUGGUUUUUCCCUGAAGUUUUUAUCUGCAUAUCCAGUUUUCAUCUUUAUAAAGAGAACAAGGACACCCAGGAAGCUCUGGGAGUGAUAGGGAAGAUGUUGGGCAUUCAGGUAUGAGAGACAUUAAUGAGUUCUUCUAUAUAUGGCCAUUAUGUGCUUUGUUCAUCUGUUAUGAAAUGAAGUAAAAGCCUUCAAAAAAAUUAAUUUAUAGAUUGCAUCCAUGACCUAUUGGUUAAGCGUUUCCUGGUUGAAAUCUUCGGACGUAUCCUUGAAUGCUACCUGCUUUCGUGGGGAGAGAUUUUUCUGAUGGAAACCUCCGUGGAGCAUGUCCACAUCAUUGAGAUCCUUCGAUGUUUGCUAGUCUGGAAGCUUUUUAUUAAAAUUUCUUGCAAUGGCAUCUUAGAGUAACAAACAAUAUGUAGAGACAAAGUUUUACAAAUCCAUCACGUAUGCAACUGUUGCCUGUGUCCAUGUCCUGAAGAAAUGUAGAUCAACCGUCAAGGGACCAGGAGUCCAUGAGCAAUUUAAUAGGAGAAGUCUGAACCCGGUAUGCCAUCCCAUGAAAGUAGUUAUGAUGGAGUAAUCUGCUAUUGACUCCAGCUCACUUCCUCUGAGAAUGUGGUAUUUUUCAGUGGAACCUCUUCAAUCUUUAACAAGAAUCCAGAUGGCCCUUGGAGUUUCUCUCUGCUUAUAUGGCCAUAUAGUGGCAUGACGAUAUUUUUCACUAUCAAAUAGUCCUUUGUUCUUUACCAGCAAAAUUCUGGUCUCUACAAUAGGGUUCACUACAGUGGGUUCUUUCGUGAGAAGGAAAUAUUUUUUUCUUUCUAAGAAAUUUCCUUGAACAUAUUAUUUAUUUAUAUUUAUCCUACUAACCAAAUCAAUAACUUCAUAAAAAAUUCAAUCCUCGAAUUAUCUGGAAUGGCGCAGCUUUAAUUUGAGAAAACAGCCUGAAAAAAAGUAAAUAGUUUGAAUAGAUAGUAAAAUGGCUUUUAUUUUGUUCUUGAUGAUGCCUGCAUCAGGUUGGUUGAUUAUUUGCACCUAUUCUAAGGAAGGAUUCUGUAAAUGGAAAUUCCUUUUUCGUUCUAGCAAAGUUUCCUGAAGAUGAGGUUUUUAUUGAAAUUGCAUUUAGUGAACCUGGCAUUGUUCUUAACUAAUUAGAUUGAAAGUUCCCUUUUUUCAAAUACUGUAAACAGUAUCACGGACGAGAAAUCAGGCUGAGGAGGAUUUUUUUUUCAUGAGUCAGGGUUAUUGUAGAGAUAAAUCUUGACAGUUUUCUUUCUUAAUGGGACAUUAACUUUAAGCACAAAAUGCUGAGAAUAUUUUAUCCACUGCCUGCCAGAUGGUGAAUCUUCCGUAGUAUCACUUUCCAACUAGUUUGACGUUAGUUGUGAACUUAUCUCUAUGUCAUUUUUGGCAGCAAAAAUCAUUCGGAUUUGCAGGUACGAAAGACAAGCGUGCUGUUACAACACAGAGGGUAAGUUUUUAUUUUAUAUGCAUCCUUUUCUGUUCUCAGAUGCCUUAAAAGUAUUGCCAUUGAAUUUUUAUCACUUCAAUUCCAUGGGAUAAACCUUUCGGAUUGCUUAUUUGCAUGAAAUUUCAAUUAUGUUCUUAUCUCGAUUUUCAUGAAUUUUCAUUGGUAGGAAGGAUCCUCAGUGCGCGACUUUGUAGUUUUACUAUAAUCUUCUGAGAUUUUUUUCUGCAAAUUAUUUGUCAUCUCUGGGCAAGUAAUUGCAACAGUUGCAUUUCAAACCAUGCAUACUAUUCAGAUACGAACAAUAUUCGGAAGUACUUAUUUAACUGGAUGUGUGAUGCCAUGUUUCUUGUUCUUUGACAUCAAGUGAUUGUAAAAGCCUGUAUUUAUAAUCAUUUUAUGGCAAUUCCAUAUCUCCAUAUUGAUAUGUAAAAUCAGAUUAUUUUUCAGAUGCGUUUUCCUGUUAACUUGUGGGUCACGUAAGGGAAUAUGCAUUUUUAUGCUAAAAAACAAUCAUAUUUUAGCCAUCUCAUUUUAACCAAUAUGUCAAUUAUCUUGUCAACCCAACAUGAAUUGGCAACCUGGACUCAUGGUCUGCCCUGAAAUCCCAUAACCAAGUCAUCCACGGCCAUUUAGGUUUGUUAUUUGUCAGUUAUGGUGUUUAACUUUGAAAGGAUCCUUUCAAACUUCCCCAGUCAGUUUUUAGGUAUGCCUAAAUUAGAAACUACCGAUGCCUACGUAGGAUAACACGUAUCAAGCAGGAUCCUCGUGAGACUAGUUGGGAAUACAUUCUUCUAGACCUGACAGGCAGAUAACUGUUUGACGAGUGGGAGAUGUAUAUGCUGCAUGGGAAUAUGUUGGCAUCUGCAGGAUCAGUGUUGAAUAUGAUGGCUCCUUGGCGUUAAAGAUUGUUGGUCACUGUUAGGAGAUCAGGUUAUCAUGAAAGAAGAGUCAUCUGAAUCCGUUUCAUGCUUCUAGAUUAUUUCACGCUGUUGUCUUUGUUGAACAUUAAGAAUUGAAAGGAGAAACGUAUUCUUUUUACAGUGAGAUCCCAAAUUUUUACUUGUUAUCAGUGCUAGGGAGACUUUAUAACUGACAAUCUGCUGGAUUGGCCAGGUUCAUGCAAGGUUUUUACAGAAGUUUGCAGUCCCUAGUAUGAGUCAUAAUGAGCAUUACAGGCCUAUUCCAUUAACAGUUGAGAUCUGAAGGGAGUCGUGAUGAUGCAGUUUGAGUGGAACGCCGUACUAUUGGUUGUGCUCUGCAGAAUGAGCUCCCUUUUCGGAAGCGUCACUUAAAAAUUAUUCACUUGUCUGUUUAGGCAUCAUGACCUCGGGUGCAAUUUUAUUGUUGAUGUUCUGUAGUUGGCUGGAAACUGUCUUUAAGUCCUUUAUCAGCGAAGGAUUCUAGGUUGCACAUAAAGGCCACACAAGCCAGGAGCUAGAAAAUUUUUGUGAACCUGGAUUGGCAUAGCUAUGGAAGAUGCUAUAGCUCUUUCACGAAUGGGUAAUGCUGCAAUAUUGAUGACAAUUCGAUCUGCUUCCAAUGGCGCAAAACUCUACGUUUAUCUCUGUAAUGUAGUCAGGAUCUCUGUUUUCUUUUUUCUUAUCUUUUUCAGUUUACCUGGAGCUAUACUAUACUAGCUGGUGCAUUCCAUUAACAAGAAUCUUGACAACUAAUAUCUUGUUACGACUUCUUUUUUCCUCCUAAUUGAAAAAACUGAACAAAUUAUCUCCAGAGGGUCUAAACACGUACCUUAAGAUACGUUAAAAUUAUCUCUGAUUUGAUGUUACUUGUUUUUCUUUUUGGUAACCAGGGAAAAUGACGUGAGGAAACAAACUAAGAUUAAUGUGCAGAAGAAGUAACUUAUGAAUCGUUUCUUCGGACAGAAGAAGAUUAUGUAAACACUUACUCGAAAUAUAACUUUUAGGAGUCCAUUGUGAAAGAAUCGCCCACCAUUUUUUCUGACGAAUUGGCCAUGAUAUCAUGUACAAAUCACCACUGAAAAGUGACAUCUGUCAACCAUAAGAUUUUCUUUGUUGAUUCUGUUCUGUCUUUGUAACUUAUUGUGGGUUGCUUUUAUUAUUUUGAUAGACUUCGAGUUCAGUUUUAAAGCAGUGUACUUUCUUCCCUAAAAGGCUUUUUAUUCCAUCAGGUUACUGUCUUCAAGCAAUAUGCAAAAAAAUUAGCAUCACUUAAUAACAGACUGAUUGGUAUUAAAGUUGGAGACUUCUGGUACGUUCAAGAAGCUGUAUUGGGCAACCCAUCCUAAAACAGGUUCAUUUUCCCCACUUAUUCUCGUAAAUUAAUUUUUGUCCAGCCACGUGCAAGAAGGUCUAGUACUUGGCAAGCUCCUAGGAAACCGGUUCACUAUCGUUUUGAGGUAAUUCUACCAAGUCUAAACAUGAAUAUCUUGUAAGGCCCCUAAUCUGAUGCUUAUACCUUGAUAAAUUUAUGACUUUUACAAACCCGUUUGUGUACCCUGGCAGAGGUGUUGUUGCAGACUCUGAUGAUACUAUAAAAGCAGCAGCAGAUGCAUUAGGGAGGAAAGGAUUCAUAAAUUAUUUUGGUCUUCAGGUAAGGAAAUUGUUCUUCUUCACUCCAUAGAUGCUGCGGAGAGCAUUUUUACUUCCGCAUAUUUUAUAUUUUGGUUCCCACAAAUUUAUACCUGAUGUGAUGCUUGUGAAUUCAGCGUUUUGGAAGUGGUUCCGUCCCAACACACCUUGUUGGAGCAGCAUUGCUUCGUGGAGAGUGGAAAGCUGCAGUAGGCUUGAUUCUUGACCCGAGGGAUGGAGAUAUCCUUGCUUUCUUCCUCCCGUAAUAUGAAGCCAGCUACUUGUAGAUAGUUCUUUGUGAUUUAGUGAGGCUGUUGGAUUUUCUUUUUCUUAAUUUUAAAUAAACAGAGAGUAGAAAUCAGGGAAGCCCGUGAGUAUUACAAGGAAAGUGGAGACGUUGAGGCUACGUUGAGGCAGUUACCUCGUUACUUAGUUGCUGAGAGGGCUAUUGUAAGUUUGCUUCUACACGUCCUUUCUUCUUCCCCCUACUAUUUUCACUUAGACAUAGCUAAUAGAUGGAAUAUGGCUGCUAAACGUAAAGAAGAAAUAUAUCUUGGUUGGAAAGGCAUAAAUAUUGUCAUGGAAUCUUGCUUAGACUGAGAUUUUAGAUCUGGAAGAAAAUAGCAGCAACAAUUAUGCUUUAGUUAUCUUAAAAUAUUAUUUCUUAAAAUCAUCAUUAAUCGUAAUUUCUUUUAUAUUUUUGUGCUAUAGUUUUCAUUACAUUACACUGCUUGGUUCUUAAAUUUUGGAUUUUGACAGCAUUUCUACUUUCUAGAUUGUUUUUGUUUUCGAGCUCUGAAAAAGUAAUUUUAACCCAGCUUUCCUCGUAGUUUUAAUGAAACCUUUGGUAAAGAAGAGAAGAAUGAAGGAAUGAACUAGAAGGGUUUGCAAUCAACUAGUUUAGGGUUUCUGGCUCAGCCCCUCUUGAAGGAAAAUUCUAGUGAAGAUGGAGAAUGAUUGUUGACUGAGUGGCUCCAAUGAGUGAUUGAUAUCUUUCAGAAGAGUGACUCCAAAUAGUGUUUCUGCGGGCUCGCACCCAACUUUCACAUUCCAGUAGUGAGUCUGGCAAUUAUUUUCUUUGAAAAAUAUGAGUAGUGGUGGAUUGGGUGCGUUGCAACUUCAGUGCCAAGUAUCACAAUGCUUCAAGAUCUUACUUUCAAAUUUCUGAUAUUCUUCAGCCCUAGUAUUUCUUCUCCAUUAUCUCCUAUAAUCACUCUAUUAUCAAUAAAGCUAAUCAAAUAAUACCUCGACCAUCUUUCCUUUCUACGAACUUUGUCAUAUAGAUUAUCUUGUUUGCUACUGUUGUGAACAGUGGCGCAAGACCUAGGACAACAUGGAGAGAAAAAAAACCUUUCUCGUGUUCACAACAUAGAUGACUGUUAUAUACAAGUACCAGGGCUGCAGAACAAGGAAACUACCUAACAAGUAGGGAACUUACAAAAUAGGAAACGAAUCAACAAUGAGGAAACGGUCCUGAAUCUAUUAAUGCCACUUUGGAUCUUCUGUGCUGGUGGUUGCGGAACCAGGGAUGCUCUUGGAUGUGCUGCUACUUCUACAACCACAUACGCUUCUGAUUAUUGAGCUAGGACUCACUAAGGAACUGGCACAGUUCUGGUGCAAAGGUCUUUUGCAAGGAACUGCUGCACUGCCUUAAAUAAUGGGAAGUAAAACAGGGGGUUCACCAUUGCAGCGCCUUUGGUUCACCCUGACACGUUUCCUCUCAUUCUGGAGCAUUGGCCAUUAAGGCUUCUUCCUCUGUUGGCUGACAGUAGGAAGUCAUCCAGGAUCUGGAUAAGCAGUAACGGAGUUGACCAACACUUUUGUAAAUCACAAUUUAGGAAAACAUUUUUGAUCUCCCAUUGAUAUAGGAUCCAUAAAUGUUGUGCAGCAAGUGACAAUAAAAAUAAUUGCUUCCCCAUGGGGUAUGAGUUUCUUUCAUAAACUAUCCUGUAGGUUUCAAAAAAAUAAGUAAAAUGAGUACAAUCAUCAACGAAUGACACAAACCAUCUAUCCCUAGAAAAAUUAAGAAUUGUAGAGGGACCCCAGAUAUCACUUUGAAUAACAUAGAAAGGGAUAGAACUUCUUAUAUUGGAAAAGAUACAUGUUUACGUCCAGCAAGUUCGCACAUGCCACUUUCAAAAUCUUCAAUACUUAGACCUUGAAAUAACGAAGGAAACAGGCUUCUAAUAACCUUAAAUACUGGGUGUCCAAGUCGGUGAUGGGGAAGCCAAACUCUCCCCUCAUUGGAAGAACAAGGUAGUUAGCCCUUCGUGAUGUUUGACUGGCUUGGUGCUUGAAGAUAGUAGAUUCCAUUCCGUUCUCUAGCAUGUCGAAUCAUUCUCUUUGAGUCCUUAUAUUAAUAUACACAAUGAUUAUGAUGAAAAAUCGCCUUUCAAUGUAAAUCUUGAGCAGAAUUUUGGAUAGACACAAGGUUUUAGACAUCCUAGGGAUGAGGGUUGACUUUAGCAUUUCCUGCACCUGGUACAGUUGUCAAAGAACCUUCAGCUGUGGUUAUUUUCCUACUUCUUGGACAAGGAGAGCAUGGGGAAAAGGCAUUUGAUGACUGGGUCAUGUGAUCAGUAGCUCUUGAAUCCAUGAUCAAGAAAUCCACAAAAGCUAUACUUUAUACACUAAAUCUAAUAGAGGAUGGAAACUCACCUGAAUGUGCCAAUGAUCAAGAGGCUAUGGGUUUGCUGUGAUUCCCAAUUAUAGAUCCCACCCUCUCAACCUUAUCUUGAUUGUAGCCACCUGACUCCUUUGGUGCUGUUUCAUCAUGCUAUACUGUCGUUACAUGGCUUGAACACUGUUCCUUGACUACUAUCCUUUCUGUCCCCAUUCCUGACUGGCCUGACCAUUCAGGAGUCUGACGCUCCUUCAAAGCUGUCAUCUGAUUUGCAUAUUUUGUAACUAUUCUGCUACCCUAUUUUGCCGCCAUUGUCUUCACCUUUACUUCAGAGACCUGAGCUGCAUCCCUAGGUUAAGGACAUGUCUGUUGGAUUGCAUCCUAAAUAUCCUUGGCAUUAGCCAAGAACAUACAUGUGUCACUAAUCUCAGGAGUCAUCCCGAUCACAAAAAGAGGUCCACCAUGAUGGGGGGUAAGGUACUUUCAUUCUUUCCAGAACAGAAAGAAUGAAAAGGGGACCGUCCUUUUUUUUCUUUCGGCAUGCUCCUAGGAUAUAAAGAACAUAAUUUCAUAACCAUGCCAUAAUUAUGGAAUCUUCUUCACCCCCAUGUCUCAGACCAAGGAUUCCCUGUUUUUUUUCCCUGUGCUUGUGAGAUGGCUGAUCUUCCCUUUCCUUUUUAGCACAGUGUGAACAAAUUGGAACCACCAAAGGAUUUUUUUUUCCACUCACUCUAUAUAUGCAGGUUGAAAGCCCAGCAAUUCUCCAGUUUGUUGAAACCAUAAAAGCCCCCAUUUCUACAAUGUCUGACAUCUGUAGAAAAACUGACAGUUGCUUGCAGUGAAAGGAUUGUUGGUGUUGUUAGGAAAACAUACAUGAUCAGCAAUGAAGGCUAAAAGGAUUGACAAUGAAGGUCUAUGAUAAAAAAGCAUAGACCUUCAUUGUCACAUCCAAUGCAAAAGAGGAGAAGAUAAAAGACACGAACUAGGCAUUCAUGUGUCAGUACCCGUCCUAUGCCUUUGAUUCCGUUGUCAGUUCUUCUCCCCUGUGACUGAGCGCCCAGAACAAUGAGAUCGUCAUGUUGUUGUAAACCAAGCAACCCUCGCUAUAACCUAGGCUGUGGCAGAAGGAAGGAAGCAAACUGUAGAUUCUCUGGAAGCCAGUGACUACAACCUGGCUCUAAUCCAUGUCAUGAUCAAUGGUGCAAACCCUAAGAAGAUAUGCAGAGCAAAUAGUCAACAUGUAUUCAUAUCAUAGAUUACUGUUAUAUACUACCAGGGCCACAAAACAAGGAAACUACCUAACAACUAGAAAAAUGACAAACUAGGAAUGGUCCAACUAAGAACCAAAUUCCUGAUUAUGCGUUUUUUCCACAGUUCUAAUGAGGGAAUAGGACCAGCUUCAGAGUAUAUUCUCUGGAAUCUGCGAAAGGUUUAAAGGUCUAUAUUUCUGAGGUAAAAACAUUUUCAUCCAAGAAAAUUUCCAACAUGCCCAGUUUUUUCUUUUCAUUUCCAGAUAUUUACUUUCUGCUUGUCUUUUAAUUCCUUUGGAUCAUUGAAAGAAUCUGUUGACUUGCCUUACAUGUAAACGUACCGCAUUGAUAUGAAAAAUGUGCAUGUAAGAAGGUUCAUUUUUAUGCUUCUUAUAGUUGGCUUAUCAUUGUUGGCAGCUCCAAUGUUUGAAAAAAUGUCCUGGAAACUACUUGCAGGCCUUGAAAGCUAUACCAAGAACUCUAAGAAUGAUGUAUGCGUUCCUUUCAUUUACUCAGAAUAUUAGCCUAUUUUUUCCCAAUUUGCCAAUUGAAAUGACCAUUUUUGCUGAGCAUGUUAUGCAGUCAUUUGUAAUGUUUUUCUAAACCCCUUGAUGUUGUCUCAUGGUAGUAUUAAUCCUCAGAGGUUGAAAUUCAUGCGAUAGCAUGAAAAGUAGAGAUACGAGUUCUGUUUAAAAAAGCAGAAAAUCAUGGGAUGUUGCCAAGUUACAUAGUUGAAAUUUUUAGAUGAUGAUCUAAUAAAAUGCUUCUCAAUAUUAGGUUAUUUAGAAUAAAUGAACCGAAUAACUGUAAGAUUUGAGCAUGCAUGCUUUGAGCUGUUAAAUAAUAACUUCGGAAGAAAUACUCAGAACAAAGAGAUUUGAUUCAAAAGGAAGCACUUAUGAUUAUGAAAUAGUGAUUCCUAAUGGAUACUCAAAAUGAUUGAAUAAUGGGUCGAGUACAGUAUCUUAGAGAGUUAUGAUGAUGGUAGGAAAAAGGGCUCUCAGAGGAGUCGUAAGAUGAUGAUUCAGGUACAAUUGCUCUUGAUUACUCUUUUUUCUAAAAGACAUUGGGCUACUAUGUCUUAAGAAAUUGAAUAGGUAGUCAUGUAUAAAAUGUUAUUGUUUGAAAGAAAGCAUUCAUAAUCAGAAGAUUAUGAUUUGAGGUUAGAACCAAAAAUCAGACAUUUAUGAUGUCCGAAUAGACAUGUGAAACCAUAGGAAUGGUAAUUUAAGGAUAUUUAUUCAGAGCUACAGUUAUAUGCUUUUAGAUGUUCAUACCCUAAAGUAUGGUUUGUGAAAAUACCCUGAAAACUGGAAGAUUAUUAUUUUAAGAAUAAACAUACUACUGGGGAUUUAUGAUUCUCAAACUUAAAUAUAGGGAUCUUAGUGUACACACCCUGAGCUGGAGUAUUUUGUUUUAGGGAAAAGCUACCAUCAGAGAUGUGGACUAUUAUCAUGCAGGUCUUGUUCAUCCUAAAAAUCUUGUUCGUUACAGGUACCUGAAUGUGGUUCAUACCAGAGAACAUUUGAGUACCAAACUGUUUAAUCAUGUCAAUUUGAGAAUGGUGAUAAGGUUGGAAAGAAAUUUGUCAUUUUGUGUGGAUAUUUUUGGAGGAGAUUAUUCUAUGGCCUCAUGAUUAGUCAAACGUUUCCAAUUUGGGGAAUCAACUAUGGGUUACAUCAAGCUUCAGCUAAGUGUCCCGCAAUAACUUGAUACCUUAGUUUUUAAGGCUAUAUCGUUGCUGAAAGGAUCUGGUUUCCAAAAUUUUCCAGUUAUGGACAUAAGAAUCCUUUAUUAACUUUCAAGCAUAACUGGUCUAAAAUGUUUUGCUGAAAACACCAUAUCAUUUUACAUUAAGACAGUUGAAAUUCUCCAUUGCACUAUCUGAUAUUGAACUUUUGUGUUUUAUGACUCAUGAGUAUGCCAGUUAUAUUGAAAUAGAUGAGCAUCAAUGGUAAAAAGCUUCUGAUAUUUUUUUUCCUUUUUAUAAGGUCGUGACUUUUUUGGUUCUUGAAACUUUUCGUUGUUCUUAACAUUUAGGUACGUACAUAGCUAUCAAAGUUACUUAUGGAACCACGCAGCAAGUAUGAGGGUGAAAAAAUAUGGUAUGCUUCUUAUGAUCCUACCUCUACCCCUAGUCUUUGUUUGCUGUAAUCGGCAUUAAUAGUUGUGAACUAAACAGAACGGGAUGGUUUACCCGAGAAAGGUCAUCUCAUUGAUUGAUAACUUGACUUUAUGGAUCAGUAAUAUAUUCCUUUCUUGAAACAUGACUAUUAUGUCAUGCCAUCGCUUUUAAUGAGAUUAGAAACUCAAGCUAGUCUGAAUUUGAUCGUGAUGAAGGCUACCAAGUAAAGGAAGCCUUUGACAUGGGCCAUAGGCCAAAGAGGAACUAGAGGAAGAUGGGUUUGACACAACCUUAACCGUAGGGUAUUACCAUGUUCGGGAGGGAGAGAGAGAGAGAGAGAGGGAAUUUUCCAUUCUUUUUCUCCAUGAAGGUGCCUCUCAGACGUGUAUAUGCAUAUAUACAUAUAGAUAUAGCGUGGGGAUGGUGUGCAUUAAUUUUGGUCUUUUAACCUAAUGAAUUAUCUAACUUAUGUUAGGCUAUUUUUUCAACUUGAUUUAAAAUGUCUUCUAAUAUGGAGAACUGUGGUGAAGUGUACAUGGAUAAUUCCUAAUAUCGACAAGUUGUUAUUCUCAGUGUUUGUGUUGAUGAUAUUCCUUUCAUUUAGAAGUUACGAAAAGAUAGAUGCAAUGAAGCAACGUUUUACAGACCAGUUCGUGACCAAUGAUUUGGGUCAUCUCAAUUAUUUCUUGAUGAUGGAGGCAGGCUGAAGUGAACAGGGCAUUACUCAAUACAAGAGAAAUGUGUCAGGAAUCAUUCACUCCAUUCAUGUUCAAUAUUGCAGCUACCCCUAUGGAACACAUUGUCGAAAUGUGGUUAAGACAGUAAUAAAGUUUCAGUCAGAGAAAAACAGGGCAUACACUUCUGGUCGCAAAAUUUAUCUCUCCAGUUGUUGGAUUAAGUUGUUGAUUUAAAAAGAAGAUCAUAAGACAAACCAUUCGGAAGAUACUUUUAGAAUCUUACAAUACUUAAAGGGUUUUAAGAGCAAAUCACUUUGAUAAAAUAGUAGAUAUAGCUAUAAUUAUUUUUUCUCAUGCAGAUUGUGUAGGGCCAAAUAAUAACACACUAUUUAGUACUAACAUUGCAUCUUUAUUGAUGGAAAUUUGUUGUCAUAAAAAAAUAAGCAGAUUAUUGUUACAAGAUCAGUGUUGAGGUAGAAUAAAUUGGAGCUCUAACUUUUACUCUUCGUGAGACCUACGCACACUAGGAAACCUAUGUAGACAACCGUAGAAUGGAUUCAUUAGAAUUUUAAUUGGCCGGAAAGAAUCUGGUUGCCUGGAUUGGUCUGAUUCGAACAAGAGUUAUACUUCUUUUAAAUGGCCAUUUGGUCCUUUGGUUGGGAACCUUUGAGACGUAAAUUUAGAAUCUAUGAUGAAUUUCUGAGGAACUCCUAGGGUUUGGACGUCAGCGAUGGCAUUUACAACCAAAUAUGGUACCCCCUUCCUGCAAGAGAACUCAAGUUAGCUUGAGAGAUUUCAAUCCAACAGCUUGGAUUAUGUAAGCAAGCGCCAUGUCCCAAAGGCCUCCGCUAAUUCAACCAAGACCGGGGUCACUGAGUCAUUGGACGCCUGUGAAGAUCUGGAUUCAUAAAUUUGGAAGCUUACGUUGCUUGGAUGAGUUCGACCUGCUCAGACCAAGUUGUUUGCCCUUUCUCAUGAGUCGUUCUAUAUAUAUUCGCCAAUUGCCUAAAUUUAGGUCAAAAACUUGGUUCAGACCAGCUUUCUAUAGAAUAUGAUUAACUACUGAUUCUUCUGUUUUAGUUUGCAAGAUAUUCCCUGUUUACAAGAGUUUAUUUAUGUUUGAUAGCUUCUCUCUUUAACAGGUGUAGACGAGGUUGUCUUAGGGGACUUGGUUUACUGCAAAGGGUCUUCUGGAGGACCAUCUAAACCUGGCUUCGUUGAAGUUCAGGAUAUUGAUUGUACUGAUGUUAAUGACGAUGAUGAAGAAGAUGACCCACCAAUACCCACUGAAAAGGCUCCCCCAGUGAAGGUGAAACAAUGUUGCUUCUUUCUUGCAUGCAAUAUCACAAGGUACUUGAUGUAUAAAAAUGUCAUAACUGUCUUAACUACCACAUUAAUGUGUUUAAGUGAAGUGAUAUCUAUCUAUUUCCAAAGACUGAUCUUCGAGUGGUGACCUACAGUCUUAUUUUUUGCUUGUUCAUUUCCUUACCUAGAAGAAAAUAUUGGCCAUGUGACCUCUCAUUCUUCCUCCAUUGCUGCCCAUCCUAGCGCUGAAUUAUUUGUGAAUAUCUUCUCUUUUUCAAUGUACCAUAUGAAGCAACAGCCAACGCAUUCUUGAGAGACUUUUUAUCAUUUUCCAGGCUAUAGACGAUGCAGAUCUCGCUGAGGGAGGCUACACAUUAGAGGAUGUCAUACUCCCUUUGCCUGGGUGGGGGCAUCAAUGAACCCACAAUGUGUUGCUACGAUCAAUGUGUUUUUGUGCCUGAUUUUGUGUCCUUUUUCGUGUAGGUCAAGAAUGCUCUAUCCAGAGAAUGACAUCGCUAGCUUGUAUCAUGAGCUGGCAGAUAAGGUGACGAUGAUUUUCUUUCAUGCUCUUCUGAUAUCAUUUUUCACACUCUAUUUAAAGUUUGCUAUUAAAUUAGUUUUAAUUUCUUUUUCUUACUUAUUUUCGUUUCUUCCUAGUGAUGUUUGUUGGGUCUUUGUUUCUGAUGGGCUCAAAUCAAUUAAAAUCGUGAUUCAAUGUGUAAUAUAGAUUACUUUAAAUCAUCCAUAAAUUACUGCAUAGUAGAUUAUUUAUUUAUUCAAGGUUCGAUGAAUUAUUCAUCCUUUCUCAUGACUGUUCUCAACAAGGUGUAAGAUAGAAGCAAGCUUUAAUUACUGUUCUUUGUUUUCCUGAUCUGUCGGCAAAAUUUCAUGCAGUCCUUUUUUCUUUCUCACCAGGAUUCCAUCAAACUGACAGAGACUGUCCACGCUGCCAAGUAGCUCUCUCUGCCAAUCCAGUCUCACCAUUUCUCUCUGCUUUUGUCGGAAGUCAACGUCUUUCUGAUGCAUCAACACUCACCCAAUCGUUGACAGGGAGUUCUCCAUCACCUCCAUGAAGGGAGGGUACCGGCGCGUCUUCCAAUGCCCUUCCGACUUCACCUGGUGAGCAUAUUUACGUCUCAAGAUGUUCCCCUGCUGCUGUUUUGAUUCCCUUAUUUGGCCGAAGGUUGACUCUCAUCUUCUAUUCUCCCCAGGGAGCUACUCAGCUACACUGAUGACGACAUGCCUUUGGUUGAGACAGAUGUCGACAUCCUCUCUAAGUCAGCAGCUUCUGCGGAGAAGACCGACGAAUCCAGCGACGGCAGCAGCGUCUCUUGCUUUCAAGCGGCAGCGCCUCUCGAGGAGGAGAGAGGCCCGCUAGCCGUUGAGGCUCCACCGCCUCGGGUGGCCUUGAAAUUAGGGUUCACCUUGCCCGCUUCGUGCUAUGCCACCAUGGCCAUACGGGAGCUGCUGAAGAGCUCGACCUCUGUGCGUAUCUCCUAUCCGAGACUAUAUUGGCUACUCUUUUCUAUUUCUGCAUAGAUAUAGACCCGGGGAUCUUUCAUGGGUUGGCCUGGCCUGGCCGCUUUCUAUUUCUGCCUCGCCUGUCUUGUUGCUCCUUCAGCUCUGGAGAGAAGGCCUGGUGUUAGGUUUGGUCUCAUGGAAAAUGGACUGGAAGAACAGCUGAAGUAGACCCACCCCCCCACUUAUGGAAUCAUUUCCAGUUGCAGACAGAUUUCAGAGAUUUCUGCGUUCAUUCCACUUGUAUCCAUUUUGCAUGGAACCCAUCAGAAAUUUCUCUCAGCAUCUGGCGCAUAUAAUUGCAUAGAGUCGUCCUCUUCUUUCCAUCCAAAUGAUUUGCUUCUUCAUUUAUUUUUUUCUGUUCUUGGAAACUAUCAUCAAAUCGAUUGGUUUGAUCAUCAACUUUCAGGCUGCUUUCCACAAAACUCUAAACUCCUAA